AUGGACGACUGGCACUCCAUUCGGCCCUGGAGACCCUCUCUCGCUUUGUCUGUCCGCGAAAUCACCUCCGUCUCCGUCACUUUCAUCCUCUCCUCUCCCUACUCCGCCGCAGACUCACCCGCCUCUUCUGACGACGGAUACGACCCCGCCCACGCCCAGCCCGAUGGCGACUCUGACGACUCCGACAGCGCAUCCGGCGCUGGCACCGCCCCGGCGCAGCCCCAGAUCGUCGCGGACGUGCUCAACAAGGGCCUGUCCGUGAAGGUCAACGGCAUCCCAUGGCAGCGCGUCCUCAUCCGCAUGGACGACGAGGUCGACGAAGCGGUCGUCAUCCUGUUUGGGCUCAUGCCUGGGCGACAGUACGAUGUCGAGCUCGGCGUCAUGCCCAGAGAGCGGUCCAUGAGGGGCCUCAUCACCACAGGGUCCGUCAUCCUGGCGAAGCGAUCCAUGAGCUGGGGACGUCUCUAUGCUGGACGUGCGAAUCUGCGAGCGUCGGGCAUUACCUUCAUUUUCGUUGUUGCGCAUGCGGGCGUGGCGUGUGCAGGCUGUCUGCGCGGCUUGUCCGACCGAGAGACGAUAGCAGUGACCUCAGAUCCCGCUUUCUCGGAGUCCGGACCAGGCCUGACCCUUCCGAGUUGCGCCAGCAAUCGCCAUUCGCUACCCCUGCGCCAAUUGCUGUGCCAGGCGCUGCGAUUGCCAACAACACUAUCUCUACGCUGGACGUGCGAAUCUGCGGGCGGUAGGAAUUACCUCCACUUUUCGUCGUUGCGCGUGCGGGCAUGGCUUGUGCAGGCUGCUCGUGCAGCUUGUCCAGCCUGUGCGCCGGAUCGCAUUGUUUACGCCAACGAGCGCACCGCGCGAUACCCGCCACCGGAGCAGCCUCCCCCCCCCUCAUCCGAGUAUCGGUCUAUGAGCUGGGGACGUCUCUACGCUGGACGUGCGAAUCUGCGCGCGUUGGAGGUUUCCCUCAUUCUCAUUGUUGCGUGUGCGGGCAUGCGUGUGCAGGCUGUCCAUGCCGAUGGUCUGGACUCUGCAGAUGGCAGAAAAAUUGGAACACGCGGGUUCCUUUUCAGAUAUGCUGAAAAACCCAAGGUCCACCCGGGAGGUCGAUUUUGGGGCGUUGCUUCCUUGGCCGCGGCGGGUGCAGGCUCUGUGUGGACUGGCUUCCUCCGCCGGGGGUUUAUUCUUGCAAGACCUGGUGCCGCGCCAGGCUGCCCGCUGCCACUGCCAUCAUAUAUGAUUACUAUCAGCGCGGUCUCAGCUUCUCAGCCGACCUGCCGAUGCGGGAUCUCGCUACCUCUUUGCAAUCCGACAGAUACCGAAGGCAACUCCGAUUCGUCAAUGGGCGAACUGCCAUCCGACGAUGCCCCCGGCUUCACCACCUCGCUCUCCGCCAGCACGUCCCAUCACGCAUCCAACCUAGCCACCGCACAUUCCUCGCCCUCGCCUCCCACAAACAUGUCCGCGUCCGCGUCCGCAUCCCCGACACCCGCGCCCGUGCCCGCGCCCCCGCCGCUCCUCACGCCCGAGGAACGGCACGCGCAGCUCGCGCACACCCUCGCGCUGCUCACCGCUGAGCACGCGCAGCUCGCGGCGGCGCUCAAGGCGGCGCGGCGCGACGCGCAGAAGGCGGACGCCGCCGUGCGCGCGGAGAUUGAGGCCCUGCGGCGUGCGGCGGAGCGCGGGGCGGCGCACGAGACGCGGGCGCGCCAGAAGAAGGCGCGGCGCGAGCGCGAGGAGGGCGAGGAGGGCGCGCUGAGGCGUGCGUUGGAGAGGCUGGCUGCGCGGCGGGAAAGGUUGGAGGGCGCUGCCGACGGCGAGGAGGGGGAGGGCGCGCGGGGGGUCAUUGGCGAGCUGGAGGAGCGGCUGCGGCGGCUGGAGGAGGAGCGCGAGCGGGUCGAGCGGGACCCGUGGGGGUACGAGGGCGAGGCGGGGAAUACGAGCGGCAGCACGGACAGUGCGCGGGAGCCCGACGACGAGCCUGCGCGGCAAGAGUAUCCGCACGAACAUCCGCAACACCAUUCCCCCGCGCACAGCGCACAUCAUGGCGUUCACGGACAUCACCCGCAUACGCGCAAGCGGCAUUCACAUCCGCACGCUAACCCACCGACGCAGACGCAGACGCAGGCACAGACACAGACACUCCGCGCGUCUCCGUCGCUCCCUCCACCAAAACCCAUCAGCCGCCCUGCGGCAGAUCCAGCGCCCAUCCCGCCGAUCCAGCGCCCCGCCCACGGCGCGCGGCUCUCGCUCCCCAACCAUCGCGAGCUGGGCGCGGGUCCCGGUGUCAUCCACCUGCAGCGGCCGGGCGCCCCGGGGCAAGGCCGUCUUCCUGCGGCGCAGACGGCGGGCUCGAGUUCCGGCUCCGGUUCUGGGUCGGGUUCUGGUUCGGGCGGCUCGUCUUCAGGGUCCUCGCCCGCGCCCGUGCCCGCCGCGAGCGCGUCGAAUCUGUCGAGCACUGCGCCGCCGUUCGAGCCCGUAGUCGGCGUCGGGGGCUCGACGGCGGGGCAUGUGUCCGGCAAGUUGGAGCUCAACCCGGGGAGCACGCCGUUCGCACCAGCAAAGUCGGCGGCGGCGCUUGGGCCGGUCGGUAGUGCGCGGGAGCGGUCACCGUCGCACGCAGGAAGGCCGCGGUAG